UAAAUGGGCUUGAAUUGGGCUUAGGCCUAAGAUUAACACAAGAUCGUUUACCGUAAAGAAAGAUACGGUCUCUUCUCCACCCGCGAGAAGAUAAUGAGAGUUUCGCCGGCGGCAACACUCUCAGUCUCUUUAACUAUUCCACUACCUCUUGCUUCAACCAAAGCUCGUUUCUCCGGCGUCCCUUUUCGAUUCAAACAAUAUGUUUUCAAUUAUCAGAUUCUCUCGCGACCAGGACGUCUCGUCGCAGCGAAACCCACCAGAAGAUGGACCUUCUCCUGCAAAUGCCGAAACAGAGGAAGAAAUGGUUACGCGAAAUUCGAUGACGAAGGAGAAGAUUUCAUUGUGGUAAACUUCUUUCGGUUUGUAUCAAUCGGAGAUCCUGAGGCUGUGAUUGAGAAGCACCUCUCUUUCUUAAAGGAUUUGAAUAUACGAGGUCGGAUAUAUCUCAAUGAACAAGGAAUUAACGCGCAGUACAGUGGACCAUCUAAAGAUGCUCUUGCAUAUGUUGAAUGGUUAAAAGGAGAUGAAAGAUUCUCGGAUUUGCUUGUCCAGAUGUCUCCUGCUAUUAAUGGUCAUGCAUUCCCUAAGUUGAAGCUACAGAACAAACCCUCCUUAGUUCAGUAUGAAGGAGGAAUUUCACACCUUCCUCUACUUGAGCCACCAAUGCGAGCAAAACCCUUAGAACCAUCUGAAUGGAAAAGAAAACUGAAAGACUUAACGGAUGAUGAUGAAGCAUCACCUUCAUCAAGUAGUGGCAGAAGCUGCAUAUUAUUGGAUGUCAGAAACGGUUAUGAGUGGGAUGUUGGUCAUUUUCGUGGGGCACGUAGACCUGAAGUUGAUUGCUUUCGGAACACUUCUUUUGGACUAUCUGAUGAAAAGGAAGCUCCUUUAGACCCUUUGAUAAAUGUUGACAAGGAAAAGACAGAUAUACUGAUGUACUGUACUGGAGGCAUACGCUGCGAUGUAUAUUCAACAGUUUUAAGACAGCGGGGUUUCAAGAACCUGUAUACACUGAAGGGUGGAGUUUCCCAUUAUCUGGAAGAAGAAGGCACAGCUGAAUGGGUUGGAAAUCUGUUUGUGUUUGACUCUCGUCUCUCUCUCCCACCAGCUGCCUACAGUGACAAGGCCGUGGAUAAACCCGGAAGUGACAACGCCGAGGAUAAAGCCGGAAGAACUCCACAAACGCCCGUGGAUACAAGUUUUGCAAAAUGCUAUAUUUGUGAUUCACAAGUUCAGGAAAUAAGACAUCGGAACUGUGCUAACCUUGACUGCAAUCGGCUUUUCUUAUGCUGUGCAGAAUGUGUUGUCGACUUGAAGGGAUGUUGCUGUUCAAACUGCAUUACUGCUCCACGACUUAGACCUGUCUUGCAUGGAGUAAAGAGAUAUGAGAAAUGGCAUGUAUAUCGUGAUUCAGAAGUGCAAACUGCGCCAUUGGUUUGAUCACGGCUGAGAGAUUUUAGAGGCUAGUUAUGAAGACAAUUCAUGCCUUGUCACUUUAUAUUAUGUUCACUGCAUUCCCCAUGUGGUUGUUUACAGUGUUUUGUUUGGCCUAUCAUGGGCAAGUGAUCAGAUGAGAAACAGCACACAGCAAAAGCAGAAGAGUGCUGAAGAAGAAGCUAAUGAAGUUAAUCAGAAGCCUUUUCCAGGGAGAACAACUACUAGUCAUUCUUAGAGGUUCUUCGGGUGUGACAUUUGUCAGAACUCAGAACUCAAUUUUUCAUUUCAACAUGUACAAACAAAGCUUGUAACAAUUCACAACUUAAUCUAUCUGCUGUAAUUGCGGCACAAUGCAAACUGUAAUGCAACAAGAUAGUGCUUGUUACUACCAAAGUAGAAGAAUAAAUGUAGUAGUGAUUAUUUUAGACAAA